UCUGCCAGCGAUCCGAGGCCCUCGCCUCACCUCAUUCGUGCGCCGUUUGGGGCUUUCGCUUUCAGUUGCUGCUCGCCGCUGCGUCCGAUUGGACUUAACUUAUUGUCAAAGUGCAUAUUGGCCUUGCCUUGCCGUCGUGUGUCCGAACUGAACCGAAUCGUAUCGAACCGAAGCGAGCAGUUAGACUGCGAUCCGAAGCACGAGGAUAAUCGGGAUUAAGUGAGUGAUCGACAGGAUCUAGAAUGUGUUAAAGGUUGAACUGUGCCGUGUGCUUAGUGAGUGCUUAAUCUUUAGUAUGGAUAACGACAACAACGACGCAAAGAGUCAAGCGGAGAACCAUCGGGGUUCGGUGUCCUCGAGCAGAUCGCUGGAAAUACCCGUCACGCCGUCGCGUUCCCCCAAGAAGGUCUCCUUCUCGGACGAGCUGCCCACCACGACAGCAGCUGCGGAAGCGGAGCCACAGUUUGAGUCGCAGUCCCCGGCCCAUAAGCCCGUGCAGCUGCAGGCCAGCGGAGUCAGUCACGUGCUGCAUCAGGCGGCCCAGUACCUGGAGAGAUUACACGGCGGUUCUCGCGAUCAUCCUGUAGAGGAAGUCCACGCUAAUGCGGAUUCAGAUGGCGAUAGCACCACAAGCGCCGCCGUACUCGACCUGGAUGCAACGGAUGCGGCUGUGCCGACGGCCCCUGCUGGCUUAGUGCUGACCAGCACCACCUCGCCCAGCAUUCUGAUAGCCAGCGAUGGCAGCAAACAGGAAGUGCAGCGUCAGCAUCAGAGUUGGAGUCAGAGUCAGCCACAGCAGACAUCUCAGUUGCAAUCAAAUUUGUACAUGGAACGAUACAACCUCAAUUUAGAUAAAAACUGCAGCUCCAUGGAGUUGGAGGCGCGUCGGGAGAAGCAGCGCUGGCUCUUGAUAUCGGAGUGCAGUGCGCUCUUUGACGAGGGCGAGGGAAGGCAUACACGUGAGGCGUUCCGCAAGCUCUUUCUGGACGAGGAAUUCCAGCAAAAGCUCUUCCAACUCUUCGAUCUCGAACGGAAUGGCCAUCUACUACAGGAUCGCUGGAUCGAGCAUAUCAAGGGGCGUUUAACCGAUGAUCGCCAGAUGGACUUUGCCGAACAGAUCGAAUCGGUGGCGUAUGUGAUCUGCGGUGAGAACAGCCGCGUGAGCUUCAAGAACUUUCGCGACAUCUGGCAUACGCGCGGAAUACUGGACAAGCUGUACCGCCUGAUAGACAUGGAUGGGACCAAUCUCAUAUCCACCAAUCAGGUAAUGGAGUUUAUAUCGCAUCUGACCAACUCCCGGCCACGCACCGGCUUCGACAAGAGCUCGCUGGCCCGCCUGGAGCAGCUGUUCCGCAACACCGUCGGCAACGAGCAGGAGAUUCGUCGCGAGGAGUUCCAGAAGAUUGUCACCUCCAAGAAUCCCUUCUUCACGGAGCGUGUCUUUCAAAUCUUUGACAAGGACAACUCGGGUUCCAUUUCGCUGCAGGAGUUCAUCGAUGCCAUACAUCAGUUCUCGGGCCAGUCGGCCGAUGACAAGAUACGCUUUCUGUUCAAAGUCUACGACAUAGAUGGCGAUGGCCUGAUACAGCACAAGGAGCUGCACGAUGUGAUACGUCACUGCAUCAAGGAGAAUGGCAUGGAGUUCUCCGAGGAUCAGAUCGAGGACCUCACCAGCGCCAUGUUCGAGGAUGCGGAUCCACACAACAGCGGCGAGAUCACCUACGAGGCGCUCAAGAAUCAGCUGCACAAACACGGAGGCCUGCUGGAGAAUCUCAGCAUAACCAUCGAUCGCUGGCUGGUGCCCGUUACCGAGGAUCGUCCGGCGGUCACUGGCAGGCUGUGGAACACGAUACCUCACCAGCUGACGCUGGCUUACAUGAAGAACAAUCAGGUCUUUGUCACGUACCUCUUCUUCUACAUAGCCGUCAAUCUCUGCCUGUUCAUCUCACGUGCCAUCCAGUAUCGGGCCAGCAAUGGCUUUGUCAUCAUAGCCAGAGCCUGCGGACAAUGCCUGAACUUCAACUGCGCCUGGGUGCUGGUGCUGAUGCUGCGGCACUCCCUCACGUAUCUCAGGGGACGGGGGCUGUCGUCGUAUCUGCCGCUGGACCAUCAUGUCUACCUGCACAAGCUGACGGGCAUCACCAUAUCGGUGCUCAGCCUCAUCCACACGAUCAUGCAUCUGUUCAACUUCUCGAUUAUCGUGAUCAAUGAUCCGAACAUCAAUGCUGGACACUACACAAUCGGCGAGUGGCUGCUGACGGAUCGUCCGGGUCUGUUUGGAUUGAUCCCUGGCUGUGCCAAUCCCACGGGCGUCGCCCUGCUGUCGAUCCUUGUGGUGAUGUUUGUCUGCUCGCAGCCGUUUGUGCGGCGCAAGGGCAGCUUUGAGGUGUUCUACUGGACGCAUCUGCUGUACGUGCCCUUCUGGAUACUCACCCUCUUCCAUGGGCCCAACUUCUGGAAGUGGUUCCUGCUGCCGGGCCUCGUAUACAUUGUGGAGCGAGUGCUGCGCUACGUGUGGAUGCGGGGAGAGCACGGCAAGACGUACAUUAGCUCCGGACUGCUGCUGCCUUCGAAGGUGAUCCAUUUGGUCAUCAAGCGGCCAUUCAACUUCAACUUCCGCCCCGGCGACUACGUCUUCGUCAACAUUCCCGCCAUCGCCAACUACGAGUGGCAUCCGUUCACCAUCAGCUCAGCGCCCGAGCAGGAGGACUACAUGUGGCUGCACAUCCGCACCGUGGGCGAGUGGACCAACCGCCUCUAUCGCUACUUUGAGCGCGAGCAGCAGAAGCUGCACAAGGGCGAGGUGGGCCAGCACAUGCACGCCAUUCCCACGCCCAGCUUCAUGCUCCUCAACGAGACACGCAAUCCUGCGCUGCCCGGCGGCAUGGCCACCACAGCUGCCACGUCCACACCACAAACGGAUUUCCUGGCACGCAACAUGGUCGGACAGGCGGGUGCGGGUCCACCGGUGCGACCGCCUCGUCAGCAUCGCAAGCUCGUGGCUCCCCAGGCGCCAGAAUCGGCUCCAACAACGGGCGUCAAUCGUAUUCGGAGCAUCAAGAAAACUCUGCAACGAACCUUCUCCCGCAAAGAGCCCGGCGAGCCGAAGAGCAAGCCCAGUCCGACGGGCAUGCUGAAUGGAGCUUUCAUUGGAGACGGAGAGCGCGAGGAUCCGGGUGGUUUCAAGCAGCGGCCCCUGGAAAAGAGCAUCUCGCUGCCCGACAUCAGCGUAAAGAUCAAGAAACGCAGCCGGCUCAAGGCUCUUCGUGCCUUGGGCCGUUCAGAGUCGGAGCGUACGUUCGACGACAAGCGGGUGCGACGUGCCCGGAACAACAGCGUGGGUCUGGCAUACCUCAGUCCGCAGAACAAGUCGCUGGCCCAGAGCUUCCGCUAUAUGCGUAACAAGCCCACGAUCAUUGCCUUUAAGACGCCCAGCAUGGAGGAGCACGAGGGGCCGUCCCAACUGGCUAUGGCGCCGGAGAACAGCGGCAGUCUGGCCAGCAGAGCGGAGCAGGGGCAGCUGUCCAAGGCGGAGUCCAGCGACAGGCUGCAGAUGACCAGGCUCAGCCUAACUCAGGCAGAGGCCGUGUCCAAGCCGCUCGAGGACAACACACAAGCGUGGACGAGCAGCAGAAAGUCGAUUCUGCGGCGUCCCACAUUCCUACGUAGCCUGUCCACAUCCCUAACGAAUCGCGGCGGCGGAAGUGGUGGCGGCAGCGGCGGUAGCUCCACAACUAACAGCGGUAGCAAGGUCACACUCGAUGCAGGCGUCAUGGAGAUCUUCAUCGAUGGCCCAUACGGAGCACCCUCCAGCCACAUCUUUGGGGCGCAGCAUGCGGUGCUCAUUGGUACUGGCAUCGGUGUCACGCCCUUCGCCUCCAUUCUGCAGUCCAUUAUGCACCGCUACUGGAAGGCGCGGCACAGCUGUCCGCGCUGCCAAUUCGAGUGGGCCAGUGAGAUUCCCAAGUCUGUGAUGAAUCUGCGCAAGGUGGACUUCUUCUGGAUCAAUCGAGAUCAGCGCUCCUUCGAGUGGUUCGUGAAUCUCCUCUCCCAGCUGGAGAUUGAGCAGGCGGAGCUGGGCGGGGCCAUGGAACGCUUCCUGGACAUGCACAUGUACAUCACGAGUGCCCUGCAGCGGACCGACAUGAAGGCGGUGGGUCUACAGCUGGCCCUGGAUUUGCUGCACGAGAAGGGCAAGCGGGAUCUAAUCACAGGCUUGAAGACACGCACCAAUGCAGGACGCCCCAACUGGGACAAGGUGUUCAAGCAGCUGCAGGCACAGCAGAAGGGCAAGGUGACUGUUUUCUAUUGCGGUCCGCCGCAGCUGGCCAAGACGCUGCGCUACAAGUGCGAUCAGUACGGGUUCUCUUUUCGUAAGGAGUGCUUCUGAACAAGCCAAGCCAAUCCAAUCAAACUCCAUCUCUGUUUCUUCGUCUUUGUGGUCCUCUCUUUCUAUCUGUGCUUGUGUCCGUCCAUUGAUGAU